AUGUUGAACAGCAGCUCCAUCACCCAGUUCCUCCUCCUGGCAUUCGCAGACAGGCGGGAGCUGCAGCUCCUGCACUUCUGGCUCUUCCUGGGCAUCUACCUGGCUGCCCUCCUGGGCAACGGCCUCAUCAUCAGCACCAUCGCCUGGGACCACCACCUCCACACCCCCAUGUACUUCUUCCUGCUCAACCUCUCCCUGCUCGACCUGGGCUGCAUCUCCACCACCCUCCCCAAGUCCAUGGCCAAUUCCCUCUGGGACACCAGGGCCAUCUCCUACUCAGCAUGUGCUGCACAGGUCUUUCUACUUAUGUCCUUCAUUGGAGCAGAGUGGUGCCUUCUCACCAUCAUCUGCUAUGACCGCUACGUGGCCAUCUGCAGCCCCCUUCACUACGGGACCCUCCUGGGCAGCAGAGCUUCCAGUACAUUUUCACUGCCCCUCUGCCCGGGCAAUGUCUUGGGACAGUUCUUCUGUGAAAUCCCCCAGAUCCUCAAGCUCUCCUGCUCACACUCCUACCUCAGGGAAGUUGGGCCUCUCAUAUUUAGUUGUUUGCUAGCUUUUGGCUGCUUUGUCUUCAUGGUGAUAUCCUAUGUGCAGAUCUUCAGGGCUGUGCUGAGGAUCCCCUCUCAGCAGGGAAGGUACAAAGCCUUUUCCACCUGCCUCCCUCACCUGGCUGUGGUCUCCCUGCUUGCCAGCACUGCCAUGUUUGCCCAUCUGAAACCCCUCUCCAUCUCCUCCCCAUCCUUGGACCUGGUGGUGGCAAUUUUGUACUCAGUGGUGCCUCCAGCAGUCAACCUCCUCAUCUACAGCAUGAGGAACCAGGAUCUCAAAAAUGCUAUUAGGAAAUUAAUUCCAUGGACAUUUUUAAAGUGUGAAAAAUUUGCCCCCUCCCUCCAGAAAUGA